AUGUAUUCUAGCCUUCCUUCUUCACUAAAAAAACGUAAUACCACACACGGGCUACAUCAGCAUCGUCAUAACGCCAGUUACCAAACGGAUCGACACAUCGAUGUGGGCUUCUGUAGCAGGCGGUGGUUUGUGUCUCUUCUUCCUGUCUCCAUUGCUACUUCGUCUUCCUCUCUUCGCACCAAUUUUCGUGCCCUAGUUUUAAUGGACAGCCUCAAGAGCUCAUCCUCCUCUGCUUUCGCUCAUUCUGGUCGAAGUGGUGGUAGAGGAAGAGGUUUAGAGAUGAAAGAUAGCCGUGAGAGGUCGAGAGGCCGUGGCGGCAGCGGCAGCGGCGGCGGCGGCGGCGGUGUUAAAGAUAAAAUUGACGCUUUAGGGAGACUCAUGACACGUAUAUUGCGGCACAUGGCUUCUGAGUUGAACUUGAAUAUGAGGAGUGAUGGGUAUGUCAAGGUUCAAGAUCUAUUGAAGCUGAACAUGAAAACCUUCGCAAAUAUUCCAAUAAGAUCUCACACUGUUGAUGAUGUUCGGGAGAUGUCAAGAACUACAGAGAAGAUGACGGUGUCGUUCACACUUUGCAAGAUAGGUUUUAGAAAUUCGAAAGCCAUAGUUAUCUUGAAAGCAUUGAGCAGUUUUCAUGUCAAUGGAGUCUUUCGUUGCUGGAGGGAUGGAGUUUCAGUAGGCAUUGUGGAUGAUAAAGGAAGGACCUGGUACGCAGAAUUCAAUGCCCAGGGUUUAGAAAGUUACGAUUUUUACUUUGAGGGUGAAGCUUCUGCAAAUCUUCAACAGCUGUUGAAGGUUCUUGAAAAACAAGAAGACGCAGAGGUUUUUCUAAAGCAGAGGACGAUAUCUGUCGUGAAAAAUAAAGAAACACUUUGGGCGCAAAAUCAUGUAACUAAAACAGUUCCCUUUGAACAAGUUCCAAAUGUGUAUGCUAGAGCAGUUGGUAUUAAAGCACCUUUGCUGAACCCAUUCAGGGGAGAUGGAGUGAUAAUGUUUAUCAGCAAUACAGUUAUAAGAGCCCGGAAACAGGACAAUCCAAUGAAGACUGCAACAAUGUAUACAUUUGCAGUGAAUGAUGAUUAUGUAAUUCAACAUUUGGCUCACAUUGAGGAGGAUGAUAAAGUUGUAGUUUCAGACAUGGAUCAUAGUCCGAUUGGUCACCCAAUAAUAGUCAUCCCCGGAACUAUAACUGCACUUCUGGAUUUUGCUGCAUUAACGGACAGAGUUUGGGUUCGGUUUAACGGAGAGGAGAAGGGCAAGGUUAGGAUGAGCUUUGAUCUAAAGGAUGAGCAUGGGCAGGUAAUCAUAGAGCUGUGAAUGUAAUUGUAGACUCCUUUAGAACCUUUUUAACUUAUUCAACAGUACUCUUUAUUUAUGUGUGUGUGUGUUUUUAGUCAUUAUUUUAGAGAAGAAGGCAUUACGAUUUACAAGAACGUAAUUGGGUUUUUGCAUUGAUACUCUGCUUCGGCACUUGAAAUCUUCACCCUCUUGGUAGGUGAAAGAAGUUAUUAGUUUAACAAAGCUAUUUUUUGAUUUAA